CUCACAUUUCAUCCAAUUAUUUUAUGUAAAAAAAAAAAAACUCAUUCGGAUCGAGAGACAUGGCUCAACCAUUUUCACCACCGGUCGCCACUCCUUGACCCGCCGCCUUAAACCUGCCGUGCACCGCCGCGCACAGCCGUCCUGCAGCCACCACCAUCCCUCUCACCGCCAGAUACAAUCACAGGGUACUGACAGUGUUGUUACCAUUUGGUUCUGUUCUGAAAGAAACAUAACCAAAUCUUCAUCAAACUCAAAUUUUCUUGAUUUCAUGAAACCCAAAAACCACAUAUUUAACCACCCAACACUCCAAACAUUACAACAAAAAUGCAACAAUUUCAAUACCCUUAAACAAAUACACACCCAAAUAAUAACAACUGGUCUAUCAUUUCAAACAUAUUGUCUUAGUCACUUAAUUAAGAUAUCCUCUAAAUUUAACUUACCCUAUGCUUUCAAAAUCUUUAAUUAUAUCUCAAACCCAACAAUUUUCCUCUACAAUACACUCAUUUCAUCUUUGAUUAAUCAAACUAAUCAAAAUCAAAUCCAUUUAGCAUUCUCACUUUAUAAUAAAAUUCUCACAAACAAAAAUCUUCAACCUAAUAGUUUCACUUUUCCCUCACUUUUCAAAGCUUGUUGUUCUAACCAAUCAUGGUUUCAUUAUGGUCCAUUACUUCAUACCCAUGUUUUGAAAUUUCUUCAACCACCUUUUGAUAAUUUUGUUCAAGCUUCAUUGCUUAAUUUUUAUGCUAAAUAUGGGAAAAUGUGUGUGUCGAGAUAUAUUUUUGAUCGAAUUAAUGAACCUGAUUUGGCUACGUGGAAUGUUAUUUUGAAUGCUUAUGCGCGUAGUUCGAGUUAUCAUAGUUACUCGAAUAGUUUUGAUGAUGCUGAUUUUUCGUUAGAGUCGUUGUAUUUGUUUCGUGACAUGCAAGUGAUUGGAAUAAGGCCUAAUGAAGUUACGAUUGUUGCGUUGAUUAGUGCUUGUUCUAAUUUAGGUGCUGUUAGUCAAGGUUUUUGGGUUCAUUGUUUUGUGUUAAGGAAUAAGAUUAAGAUGAAUAGGUUUGUGGGAACUGCAUUCGUUGAUAUGUAUUCGAAAUGUGGAUGUUUGAAUCUUGCAUGUCAAGUGUUUGAUAAAAUGCCUGAAAAUGAUAGGGAUUCGUUUUGUUAUACUGCAAUGAUUGGGGGUUUUGCUGUUCAUGGUUAUGGGAAUCAAGCACUUGAACUUUAUAGAAAGAUGAAGUUUAAGGGUUUAGUUCCUGAUAGUGCAACUUUUGUGGUUACGAUGUUUGCUUGUUCGCAUGUUGGAUUAGUGGAAGAAGGGUUGGAGAUUUUCAAAUCCAUGAAGGAGGUUCAUGGGGUGGAACCGAAACUCGAGCAUUAUGGAUGCUUGAUUGAUCUUCUGGGUCGAGCCGGGCGAUUAAAGGAGGCAGAGGAGUGGUUAGCAGAUAUGCCGAUGAAACCAAAUGCGGUAUUGUGGAGGUCUUUACUUGGUGCAGCAAGAAUUCAUGGUAAUUUAGGUGUUGGAGAAGUUGCUCUCACAAAGUUAAUAGAGUUGGAACCAGAAACUAGUGGAAAUUACGUGCUUUUGUCGAAUAUGUAUGCUAGUGUUGGUAGAGUGAAUGAUGUUAAGAGAGUGAGGAAGCUAAUGAAACAUCAUGGUGUUAACAAGUUGCCGGGUUUUAGCUUAGUGGAAAUAAAGGGUGCAAUGCAUGAGUUUCUUACAGGUGACAGAAGUCAUCCAUUUUCAAAGGAGAUAUAUUUGAAGAUCGCGGAGAUUAAUAGUAGACUUGAAGAAUAUGGUCACAAGGCAAGAACAUCAGAGGCUCUGUUCGAUCUAGAAGAAGAGGAUAAGGAAGGUGUACUCUCUUACCAUAGUGAAAGAUUAGCCAUAGCAUUUGCUCUUAUAGCAUCUCCUUCAAGUUUAGCUAUAAGAAUUAUUAAAAACCUUAGAGUUUGUGGGGAUUGUCAUGCGUUCACCAAGCUAAUAUCAGUGGCAUAUCAUAGAGAAAUCAUAGUUAGAGAUCGAAAUCGGUUUCAUCAUUUUAAAGACGGGAGUUGCUCUUGUCUAGAUUACUGGUGAUAAUACCAUGUAACAUGUUCACCUCACAACAAAAUCAAUACCUGAAUGAAAAUAUAUAGUUUGCUA